AUGGAUUCAUCAUUUGAAAUGUUCAAUCGAAAUUCAUAUUUUCCAAUUUAUUCUUAUCCAUUAUCAGAAGUUUCAUCAUUUCGAUCAAAUAAUAAUUCUUAUCCAAUUACAACCAAUGAUUAUUCUGAUAAUAUCUAUACAAAUCCUUCAAUUACUCCUGUUGCUGAUCAAUCGAAUAUGAAUAAUUUAACAUCUUUAAUAAUAUCUCGUAGCGAUCAUUGUCUUGUAUGUAGUGAUCGUGCAUCUGGUAUUCAUUUUGGUGUAUCAACAUGUGAAGCAUGUAAAGCAUUUUUUCGUCGAACAAGUCUUUCAAUUUAUUCAAUCCCAUCACCAUGUUCACCAAAUCGAUGUGAAAUCAAUAUAAAAAAUCGUAAUAAUUGUCCAAGUUGUCGUUUUGAUAAAUGUAAACGUCUUGGUAUGGAUCGUGAUAAUGUUAUUUAUGGUAAACCAUCGAAACAAAAUAUUUAUCAUCAAGAACAUUUUCUUGAACAAUUAACAAAUCUUUCCAAUGAAUUAAUAAAACUUUUUCAAAAUAUUCAUUCAUCAUUAGUUUUAUUUGAUAAUAAACAACAAAUCAAUCGAUUUGGACAUAUUCUUCUCCAAUUAUUUUAUCAACAAACAUCUUUAAUACAUAUUAAUUCAUCAGAUAUUAUUGAAAAAAUAUUUAUUUUAAUUUAUAAAAAUAAUCAUCAAGUUGAUUAUUGUUUUAUUGAAAAUAUUAAUUUACGUACAAUACUUUCAUGUUGGUUGUUUGUUUAUUAUUAUGAAACAUUUUUAUUUAAACAACAAAUUUCACAAGAUAAAUUAACGAUAUUAAUUAAAUUACUUGAUAUGGAAUUAAAUAAAACUAAUACAUAUGAACUACAAGAUCAAACGAAACAGAAAGCUUUUCGAAUUGAUUUUAUGAAUACAUUUACGAAAUUUUCUACUCUUCUUCAAGAGAUUUAUUUAGAAAAUUAA